CGCUGCAAACAAUGUAUUAAGCUGGGUGCCUUCAGAAAAACCAAAACACUGGAAGGCUGAAGUCUGAGCGGUCUGCUUUAGUACUGCUGAUCUUCACCGGUCUCUUUAAACCAGAGCUUUACCUUCAGCUGUUCUAUAUUUUUCGCCCUCUUCUCCCCCUGAAUAAAGGUGGCUCUUUGCGUUUUCUUUUUCUAGUAAUGCGAAGGAGGAAUAAUUCCCUGACAGUAGAACAUGACACGACUGUCACGACCCUGCAAAAGGACUCGGCACUGUCUGCACCAAGAUUGAAGCACAGCCACAAAGCAGUAACCAGCAAAGGAAGGGAUAGCGACCUCGACACAGAUGCAAAGACGGGAAUGAUAACUGGUUAUCGGAGACGAUCUCGGUUGUUGUACAGAAUCAAGAAGCUAGCUGUGUGGUUGUUAGCUGUGUACAUAUGCAUUCCUUUCGUAGUAAAACUGUGUCCAGCCAUUCAAGCCAAACUGGUCUUCUUAAAUUUUGUGCGGCUACCAUAUUUCAUUGACUUGAAGAGGCCACAGGACCAAGGGUUGAACCACACAUGGAAUUUUUAUCUUAAACCUGAAGAGACAAUUACUAUUGGUGCUUGGCACACAGUACCUGCCAGUCUUUGGAAGGAAGCUCAGGGAAAGGACCAGACAUGGUAUGAAGGAACCUUGGCGUCAGGCCACCCUAUCAUUCUUUACUUCCAUGGCAAUGCAGGCACCAGAGGUGGGGAUCACAGGGUUCAACUAUAUAAGGUCCUGAGCUCACAAGGCUACCAUGUAGUCGCGUUCGAUUAUAGGGGAUGGGGAGACUCUGAAGGGACCCCCUCGGAGAGGGGAAUGACCACAGAUGCUGUCUACACUUACAAUUGGUUGAAAGCGAGGAGUGCUACGAGUUCAGUCUACAUCUGGGGGCACUCACUAGGCACAGGAGUUGCUACAAAUGUUGUACGGCAUUUGUGUGAAAAAGAGACCCCUCCAGAUGCCCUAAUUCUGGAAUCUCCUUUCACGAACAUUCGGGAGGAAGCCAAAAGCCACCCUUUUUCACUGAUCUAUAGGUAUCUACCUGGCUUUGACUGGUUCUUCCUGGAUCCAAUCACCGAGAGUGGUAUUAUAUUCCCGAGCGAUGAGAAUGUGCAGCAUAUCACCUGUCCAUUGCUGAUUCUUCAUGCUGAAGAUGAUGCCGUCAUUCCCUUUCACCUGGGAAGAAAGCUUUAUGACAUUGCAUUGUUGCAGAGUAGUAGGAGAGUGCAAUUUAUUCCCUUCCACAAAGACCUUGGCUACAGGCACAAGUACAUAUACAAGAGCCCACAGCUCCCUCAAAUAUUAAGGAAGUUCUUUAGUGACCCAAAUUCCCAUCAGUAAUGAGGUGGACCACAGCGAACAGAUACAUCUUUGGAGCUGCAUGAAGACUUCAGUUUAUGUCAAGCGACUUGCAUGACUUCUGUUGAUUUGCAUUCCACAAACCUAUUUCAUUUGAAUACAAAACAAAAAUGAUUCUGCUUGGAUUUUUUUUGUCACGCACGAGGGAGCUCAGUGAACAGCAAAGCUGAAGAACAAAGUGAAGGACUUAAUUCAUAUUUGAGAGUUUAGUUUUGGUUUUAAAGAAAUGAAGGCAUACAUAUUUUUCAUGACCACAAUGAUGGAAUUCUUGCAGAUAGAGUGAAAUAUAAUUAAGUUUAUAAACUCGAAAAUAGAUGAUCAGGGUAAUUUCAAAAUGUGAUUCUUAGUCAGCACCCUCCAUUUGUUGCUACUGAAUCAUGGUUCUUUAUUUCCAACUGCAGUAGUUUUAUCUUUGAGAGUUCAGACCUGUUUAUUUCUUAAGAGCAAUAGUGUCACAUGUACCAAUGGACAUGUCUUUUCAGCUCUGUUUUGCUGGGUGAAUGUUUUAUGAUGAAAUGUUGCUCAUAAGAUGUAAUAACCUCCCUGCAAUUUAGUUUGGUGCAAAGGUUUUUUGAAGGUCGUAUCUUUAGACUGAGUUCAGAUGAGUCUGUCUCAGUAUACUAACAGCAAAGUAUUCAAGUAGACAAAUGUCAGCUGUAGACAAUGACAUUAUCUAGUAUAUUAAACAAAUAAUUUGUUUUCCUUCCUAUUUCAUGCCCAGUGUUUGCCUCUUGCUAUUGUUGUGACCUCCUUCCAAUUGAAUGGGGGUAGUUGGGGAUGGCAACUGUGUAUAUCGGUCAGAUGAAGAUUAUUGUCAACUUGCUAGGUGUAAUGGUCCUAUGCAAAAUGAAGGAACAGUCUCCUCCCAGUUCCUGGUGGGUCUGAGUCCCACAGCACAAAACCGACAACCUGCUCAGGGAGGCCAUAAUGAUAACUGGUGUGGGAAGCAGGAAAGAUUCAUCCAUUGAUUGUCUUUUGAGGUUGGAGUACCUUGUAUUAUUUGGUUGACUGUACUGUACCUGACCUAAGAGACCUUAAUGCUGACAUUGGUGAUAGGAUGGAUCAAACUGUUUAAGUUCCCAUAAUUUUGAUGAGCACAAAAUUCCACCCAACUUUUCUUAAAUUCCAAGUUAAAUACUUAAAACUGAAUCAAAUGUUGACCUGUCUUUGCAUCAAUUAUACCAUUAUAAGACUGUCAGGCGUCCUAAUGAAUCCAGGUAGUUUGAGAAGUUUGCAAAAGAUUUCCAAUUUGAUAUAGGGAUAGGCUUUUUAAAUGAAGUGUGGGUGUUAGUGUGAUCACCAGAACAAACCAAAUUACAACUAACUGUCCUGCUUAUUGCUUGUAUUGUGAACUGUUAUCACAGUGUUGCCUAUGCACUUCUAGCACACUGAGCAACUCUAUAACUGUAGCAAUACUUGUGUGGAAUAUGUACUAAAUUACUGGUUGGCUUCUGGGAAACAGCAUAACAGGCUACUAAUAUUGAAAUAAAAUCAGUUGCUGUAAAAUAUGUUCUGAACAAAUUAUAUACAAUGUAAGUAGUAUAGUACUCAUUAUUAAAAAGAGCAGAACUCUAACUAACACAUUACAUUGUUACAGUGAAGAUUAGAAAUGAUUGCCUAGUUUACAGUCAGUAAGAGAAAGCAGACUCCUUACAUAGUUGCAUAGCAUAUCUUAUUUAUUAAACAUUUAUAAAAUUGUCUAAAACAGCUCAGAUGUACCCUGAGCUCAGAGAAUAAAAGUAAAACUUGCAAAUGCUGGAAAGCUGUAAUGAAAAUAGGAAAUGCUGGAAAAAAAAAACCCAAAACAGAACUGUUAGCUUAAGGAAGGAAAAGAUGACAAGUUAAUGUUUUGGGAGGCUAUAUCAUUUCUGAUGAAACAAGAGCCUGUUUUCUUUCUUUCUCAGAUUUGUCUAUUUCUGGAAUUCUUUUAGUGAAAAUCACAUUGAUCUUUUUCAACAGUUGAAAAGAGGCUUUCCCGCCCCACCAAGGGGAGCAGGGUAGGAUACCUCCAUUAGCAGGACCAAAUGUGUUAUUGCUUCAAGAAGGAUGUGUAGUCAGCCCCUUUGGCUGGGAUAAAAUUGUGUAGAAUUUUACAGCACAGGCCCAGCAGUUCCAUUGUUUAUGCUUAAUAUGAGUCUCCUUCCGUCUUAUUUUAUGUCACCCUAUUCAUCAUUUCCUAUUCUUUUCUGUCUCAUGUGGUUAAGUAGCUUCCCCGGGGUUGUCAAAGGACACCUAGCAAAAGUGUGUAAGCCAGGUCUGUCACUAUUUCUCUGAAGUGGAACCAUAUAUUUGCUGGUUCUUGGCUUCAAGAAGCAGUAUUUCAAAUGGCUGUUGUUGCUCUUUCCUGUGUACAUGUUCUUGGGAAAUAACAGGGAUCCAAGCCGGGGUCUGGAGCACAUGAAAUUUGACUUUCUUUGUCAUUUUUUUAAUGAUGGACUGUGCUAUUGAUCCAAUAUACUUGAUUCUUGGGCAUCUGGACUUUAAUUUUAUUUUCCCAAACCUCAUAUGUCAAAAAUGGAGUUUAACAAUAUAUUGACUUGUCUAAGCUGGGACAUAUAUACAUGCCAAAUCUAAAAUCAAUGAUAAAAUGUCUUGCCUGGAUAGUUCAUAUUCUUGCCCCUACUUCAAUGAACAGCUAAUGUGUAGAAGAAUCCCCAAGUAGAAAUUUGGCCUGGGUUCUCCAGAAUCCCUGCUAUAUCAAUUUCCUAAGCAGCUCUGAAAACAAUGAUGUUGUCCUUGGUUCAUUUGCAGCACCCAGACCCCUGAGAGAGAAGGUUCUGUGUGCAAGCCCAGCUACUGAAUCUGGAGCACAAGGCCACAUCACCAAAGCAGUAUUGAGGCCGUGCUGAUUCCGAGUGGCUGUCCUUCAGAUGAGUUUUAAACCAAGGCCCCAUCUGCCCUCUCAUGAACAUAAGAUUCCAUCCCAUAUUUUGAAGAGGAGCUUGGGAGUUCUCCUGGUGUCGUAGCUAACAUUUGUCCCUCAAUCAACACCUACAAACACAUGAUUUCAUUAUUUUCAUUUAUCUCUCUGCUGUUUUUGGAGCUUUGCUGUGUGCAAAUUGGCUGUUGCUUUCCUUACAUUAGAGCAAUAAGUACACUUCGAAAGUAACUUCAUUAGCUCUAAAGUGCUUUGGGUUGUCCUGAGGCCAUGAAAGGCACUAUUAUAAGUGCAAGAGUUUUUUUUUCAAACAUUCACCUUCUUCAAAGGCAUCUCUGGCAGCCAACUUGCUUAAUGUUUGAAACAAUUACUGCAGGGUUCUAGUACUGGGUCCCCAGCAAUAGUACUCUCACCUCUUGAGCUGCGAUCUUUCUGUUAAUGCCUAAGACCAAUAGUUAGCAUUCACUUAGUGAGGCUACCAUUUAAGUUGUGUAACUUUUUUAACCAUUUUGCUGUGGUGGGAAGCAGUGUGUUCCGGAAAAAUGCUCUCCUACUUAAUUGUUCUUGGUUGAUUCUAGCAGCGACAACUGUAUAGAAAAUCAUGGCUAACAGUAAAAGGUGCUAUUCUUGCUGAACUGCUGUUCAUGGUUGUGAUCUCAGUUACCAUUGUGUGAAACCUAGAAGGAAAAAAAAUUCGGAUCAAUAUUCUUAUUUCCCAAUUUUUACUGUUUUUUUUUCCAUCUGGACACUGGAAAAAGAUAAAUUAUUACUUAUUUUGUAAUAAGUACUACUGAAUACAGACUUGCUUCAGAUGAUUUCAUGGUUAAACUUGCAAUAAGGGUUUUUAACUACACGCGUAGUACAUCUGGCCUCUGUCUGCACAGACAUUUGAUAUCUGCAUUGAAGCUCACUGCCAGCUCAAAGAUGGGAGUUCAGGCUGAAUUAAAAUCUAAAUGUUGAAAUUAAAACCCCCCUUGUUUUACAAAAGGGAGCAAUCCUGUAAUUGUUCUCCACAAGUCAGUUGAUUAGUCACAAAUUAAACAUUUGAGUUUCAUACUUGCUAAAGUGCUCUAAAUUCCCCCGCGUUAAUUUAAUCAUGUUCAGAUAUCUGGUCUGUGUUUAGGGAAAACUGCUUUAUUAAUUUAGAGGAUUGCCUGUGCAAUUUGUUGAAAUAUAAUAGUUAAGCAAGCAGACAAGCAAUUUACUUGAGAGUAGAAUGUGUUAAUUAUAUAUGAAUAUUUUGUUUAUUGGUUACUUGUAAUUUUUUUUUAAACAAAAUGCAUGGGACCUUAACAUGUCUGAUUUACGUCAGAGACCUGGGAUUAUUUUGAAUAAUGAGAGAAUUUAAUAAUUGAAAGUUAUUAAUUCAAAGGUUAGAAUGCUCUGAGAAGCUGUAAAGAAAAAUUGCACAAUUGUGGCAGCUUGGAUUUUAAAGAUGAGUAACUGGAGCCAUGACGCAUCUCCCAAACACUUCAGAUCUUUUUCUUGAGUGUGUAAAAAUGGUCCUGAAGGAGGGAUUUUUGCAUGCAGGCUAAAACCAGACCACAUGGAGAACUGCUUCUGGUAUUCUUCAUGCUUCACUAACGGCACAGGACACAGAACUAUUUCAAUAUCUGUUUAUGCCAUUUCAAAUAAUACUCCAGCUUAUUAUGAAAUACAGCUAUUAUAAACAUGUCCACAAAUUAACUCUAAAACCUAAGUAGGUGUAACUAAAAUCAAUAGUUACAUCAGUGGCAGAAGUGAAACAUAAUUGGAGGUGUGAACAUUAUUUAAGUGACACAUUCAGUAAUACCAUAGCUGAUGCUGCAUUGUUCCAGUGAAACGUGACAGUAUUAUACCUGUGUUUUCUCAGCCCAUAUGCCAGAGAUUUUUUUUGGCCCAGAUUUUGCAGUGGUAAUAAAGGCAAAACUGUUAGUGUUCGCUCACCUUACUCCACUGAAAUCUGGGCUAUUAUGUUUUGAUUGUAUAUACUUCAACACCUUGCUGGAUCAAAAUUUUGGAACUCCCUACCUAACAGCAUUGUUGGGAGUAUGUUCACACAAGUUGCAGCUGAUCAAGCAGAAGGCCCACCACCACCUCCACCUUGGGCAACUGGGGAUGGGUAAUAAAUUCAGGCUUUUCCAGCCUCUGAGAAUAAGUUUUGGGGGAAAAAUGAGUAGGAAUUUCCAGCUAUGGUUCACAAGUCCCAAGUGUCUGCCAAAGUACACUCUGAAAGGUGACUUGCUAAGAGGUUUGUGAAUCUGCAUCUACUCUAUUGAACCCCUUCACAGAGAUGUUUCCAAUUGUGGGUGAGAUCAAAACUAGGGACCAUAAAUAUAAGAAAGCCACUAAUAAAUCCAAUAAAGAAUUCAGCAGAAACUUAUUUACUUGAGAGAGUAGUAAGAGUGUUGAACCUGAAAUAGGAUAAUUGAAUUUUAGAACAUUGAUGCAUUUAAGGCAAUACUAAAGUACCUGUGGGAGAAAGAAAUAGAAGGAUUUGCUGAUAGGAUUAUAUGAAGAAAGGUAGCUGGCUCGUGUGGAGCAAACAGUAUCAAAGACCAUUUUUCCCAACUGCUCAGUGUCUGUGCUGUAAAUUGCAAUGUUUCAUUUUUGGCAAAGAUGCAGUGAGCUUUGCAUAUUUCAAACUUGUCAGGAUUUCAGUCAAUUUAUUUUGCCACAUACAGACAAGACAAAGUGGUUAAAUUAUCCUGUGAACAUGAAGCAUAUCAGCACCUAGCAAUGUCUUGAUAAAGGGAGGUCAAUUGAUCUUGCACAUUUUGUAAGCUGCUGAGUCUAGGACUUUGCUUGAACAUUAACUGAUUUUACGUACUGUAUAUUUUUAAAUAAAUGAAGAUCCUGAGUA